ACAAUUCCCAGAAGGCUGUGCGGUCGAGCGUCUCGGGCGGCCUUCCGAGGGGCUCCGCCAGUUUCAGCGUGGUGGGCUCUGUCCCAGCCGGAUGUAGUGGCCUGACCUGGCAGGAGGGGCGGCCCAGCGGGGGUCGUGCCUCCUGGAGCCGCCCCCAGGACGUGAGUCCUGGAGGAGGCGAGGGUUGUUCCAGUUGUUGAGAAGACUAUGAACAGAUCAGAGAACUUGUUCUUUCCUGGUUCCUCAUUAGCAUCCCAAGUUCAUGCUGCUGCUAUUAAUGGAGAUAAGGGUGCUCUUCACAAGCUUAUCAUAGGAAAUUCUGCCGUUAAAGACAAAGAAGAUCAAUUUGGGAGAACACCACUUAUGUAUUGUGUGUUGGCUGACAGACUGGAUUGUGCGGAUACUCUCCUGAAGGCAGGAGCAGAUGUUAAUAAAACUGACCAUAGCCAGAGAACAGCCCUCCAUCUUGCAGCUCAAAAGGGAAAUUAUCGUUUCAUGAAACUCUUACUUACACGCAGAGCAAACUGGAUGCAGAAGGAUCUAGAAGAAAUGACUCCUUUACACUUGACUACCCGGCACAAGAGCCCUAAGUGUUUGGCGCUUCUGCUGAAGUUUAUGGCACCAGGAGAAGUGGAUACACAGGAUAAAAACAAGCAAACAGCUCUGCAUUGGAGUGCCUACUACAAUAACCCUGAGCAUGUGAAGCUGCUCAUCAAGCAUGAUUCCAACAUUGGAAUUCCUGAUGUCGAAGGCAAGAUCCCACUUCACUGGGCAGCCAACCACAAAGAUCCGAGUGCUGUUCAUACAGUGCGAUGCAUUCUGGAUGCUGCUCCAACAGAGUCUUUACUGAACUGGCAAGACUAUGAGGGUCGAACACCUCUUCACUUUGCAGUUGCUGAUGGGAACGUGACAGUGGUUGAUGUCCUGACCUCAUACGAAAGCUGCAAUAUAACAUCUUAUGAUAACUUAUUUCGAACGCCUCUUCACUGGGCAGCUUUACUAGGCCACGCACAGAUUGUCCAUCUCCUUUUAGAAAGAAAUAAGUCUGGAACCAUCCCAUCUGACAGCCAAGGAGCAACACCCUUGCACUAUGCAGCUCAGAGUAACUUCGCUGAAACAGUUAAAGUGUUUCUAAAACAUCCUUCAGUAAAAGAUGAUUCAGACCUUGAAGGAAGAACAUCCUUUAUGUGGGCUGCUGGGAAAGGCAGUGAUGACGUCCUUAGGACUAUGCUGAGUUUAAAAUCUGACAUUGACAUUAACAUGGCAGACAAGUAUGGAGGUACAGCUUUACAUGCUGCUGCCCUUUCUGGCCAUGUCAGCACCGUGAAGUUAUUAUUGGAAAAUAAUGCUCAAGUAGAUGCUACUGAUGUCAUGAAACAUACUCCACUUUUCCGAGCCUGUGAGAUGGGACACAAAGAUGUGAUUCAGACACUCAUCAAAGGUGGAGCAAGGGUAGAUCUAGUCGACCAAGAUGGACAUUCUCUUCUACACUGGGCAGCGCUGGGAGGAAAUGCUGAUGUCUGCCAGAUAUUGAUAGAAAAUAAGAUCAACCCAAAUGUGCAGGAUUAUGCAGGAAGAACCCCACUGCAGUGCGCUGCAUAUGGGGGAUAUAUCAACUGCAUGGCCGUGCUCAUGGAAAAUAACGCAGACCCUAACAUUCAAGACAAAGAGGGAAGGACAGCUUUGCACUGGUCCUGUAACAAUGGAUACCUUGAUGCCAUUAAAUUACUGCUAGACUUUGCUGCUUUCCCUAAUCAGAUGGAAAACAAUGAAGAGAGGUACACUCCCCUCGAUUACGCUUUGCUUGGUGAGCGCCAUGAAGUGAUCCAGUUCAUGUUGGAGCACGGCGCCCUGUCCAUCGCAGCCAUACAGGACAUCGCUGCCUUCAAAAUCCAGGCUGUCUACAAAGGGUACAAGGUCAGAAAAGCUUUCCGAGACCGGAAAAAUCUCCUCAUGAAGCAUGAACAGUUGAGAAAAGAUGCUGCUGCCAAGAAGCGAGAAGAAGAAAAUAGGCGAAGAGAGGCAGAACAGCAGAAGGGAAGGCUGAGCCCAGAUUCCUGCAGACCCCAAGCUCCUCCCUGUCUGCCCAGCACCCAGGCUGAGCCCCGCAGGCAGAGCUGGGCGCCCAGCAAACAGCCUCCCUGCAGCAACAAGGCGCAGGGCCCUGAGCGGAAAGCCUGCAGACGGUCUCCAGGCAGAGGGUCUCCAAGCAGAGCCCCCCAGAAGGAGCAGCAUCUCUCCCCAGACUUGCAGAGAACAGAUCCCAGAAAGCCAAAUGAAACAUCCAGAGAACAUUCUAAAGGCCGAUCUGCCUGUGUCCACUUCAGCCCCAGUGAAGGCAGUGAUGGAAACAGGCGUCCAGGAGCCUCCUCUGUCGAGAAGUCCAGAGGUGAGACAGUUGGCGAGAAGCAGUGUGACAAGGGGAAAGGCUCCUUGAAGCAGCCCUCCUGUGUCAGGGCGUCUGGGCCUGCUGAGGAAGGAGAGGAUCCCAGUUGGGCAGCUGCAAGCCUUCCACAGCAGGACGGCCACUGGAAGCCCAGCCGGCGGCAGGAUGCAGCACCCAAGGCCAAAUGUGCCUCCCAGAAAAGGCGCAGCCAGGAGCUCAGAGGAGGGAGGCGCUCCCCGGCUGGGUCCAGCCGGCCUGGCAGUGCCAAGGGGGAGGCCGUCCAUGCUGGGCAGAGUCCUCUCCACCACCGGAUGCCAAGAAACACAGUGACGCAGGACAAGCUCGCAGGAGGGACCCACUCAGAUUUGCCAUCGAGCACAGAGGUGUUGAGGUCAGGAGUCAGGAAGCUGGGUACAUCCGCCCUGUUGGAGGACACUCAGCUAUCUAAGGAGGCUGAUCCAGCACCUGGUCCCCUCUCUGGGCAGAGUGUGAAUAUUGACCUUCUCCCCGUAGAGCUGCGGCUGCAGAUAAUCCAGAGAGAAAGAAGCAGGAAAGAGCUGUUUCGCAAAAAGAACAAGGCAGCAGCGGUCAUCCAGCGGGCCUGGAGAAGCUACCAGCUCAGGAAGCACCUGUCCCACCUUCUGUACAUAAAGCAGCUUGGAACCAGAGAUAUGGACAGAUGGAACCGAGAGUACAUGGCUUUGAUCCUCCAUGUCUGGAGGAAGGAACUGGAACUGAAACCUCCAAAGGCCAUGGCAGUAAGCAGGACCACCAAGAGUCCACCCAAGGGCAGCUCAGGCAUCAAGCCCACCAGGCACUCAGUGCUCAAGCAGAUCUACGGUUCUCAAGAAGGAAAAGUACAUCAGCCCACAAGAUCUUCAAAAGCCCAUUCUGUGCUGGGUCUCAACUCAGUGAGCAACUUGCAGUGUAUACACCUCCUUGAGAACAGUGGAAGAUCAAAGAAUUUUUCUUAUAACCUGCAAUCAGCUAACCCAUCAAGAAACAAAACAAAGCUUCGACUGCCUAUGGAGGAAGACUGUGCCCGGAGGGGGCGGUUCUAGUAGCUAGUGCAGAAUUCUCUGAUUAGCGUUUACACUUUGGGAAAACUUUAAUAUCCAUGCCUGAAGGCUUAUUAGCCUGAAAAUGUGGUAACAACCGAGAGAAAUGUGUUUUCUUUCUGCUCUUACACAGCACUGUUUUGUAAAUUCUUAGCCAGUGCUGCAAGGACCAGGGUAGACUAUACCUGUGCAAAACUGCCCGUGUGCCUACAUGUCCGUGAGGACGGCCGGAAAAGAGUAUUUCUAAUAAGUUAAGUCUAAGUAAAACUAAGGAAGUGAGCACUAAAGACGCUGCUGGGUUGGGAUUUCUCCUCAACUGGUGCAAGCCUGGUUUGUUGGCUCCAGUGAAGAACCUAAAUGAGAUGGGGAAGAGCCUGUCCCACAGCAGAUGCCUUCAGUUCACUACUUUCUGGAAGCUAACGCAACGGACUUCAUUACAGACACCACAUCCUGUUAUUCCAACAUCAUCAGUUUUAAUUUUUAGACCAGAGUCAUGACCCAGUGUUUUGCUGUUAGACACUGUAAGACUGUAAUAGGUAUACUGUUGAUUGCUUACAUUUUACAGUUGCCGCGUCAGCCUCUGAAGGCCACAGGCUGCUGCCACGUCCUGUGAAUGGCGUUCCUUCUGAGCACCAGCAGUAUCACAGCACCAAGGCCUCAGUCGGGAAGGUCUACAGACCAGGCACUCAUGCACGGGGUGCCAAUUCAGGCCUUAACCUUCCACGUGUAUUUUCUGCUUGACCUGCAGAGGUGAGCAACCUUGUCAAAAUGCUGUUCCUUUGGCAUGGGAAACUGUGCUAACUAUGCAUUCUAGCUCUCUAAGAACACAUGGUUUAAAUAAAAUCCAGUGAUUGUGGGCUUUUUCACAUUUUUUAAGGGCAAAGCUACUAGGAAUGUAGACAGGCAGAAACAAUGGCAUAUUAGGCUCACAAAUAUUUCUAGAACUGCUUGCAUUUUAAGAUUACUGCCACCCCUGUCCUGACAGUAAGAGAUUGGAAGCAAUGAAGUGUUAUUUAAUUACCUGGAUUUUUUACAGUUGGCUAACUAAAUUACUUCAUUUUUAUGAAAAUGAUUAUAACAUAAAUUAAGAACUCUUACAAUGGAUCACUAGUAGAAAACCAUUUUGUAAGCGUUACCCAGCUCAGACCAAGGACCAUUUAGGUACAGGAAAAUCCACAACAAAUGGGAGCACUGUUUUGAAAUCUUGCUAGAAAUCCUCUGGAAACACAACUCCAGAGUGAGAAGCAACCACUCCCAAACAAAACCAAACCAAAAACUAGUUUAGUUUGUUGCUGUCUGAAUGAACUGGGGCUGAGAACAAAAAGAAUAAAGUUUGCCUAGAUGGGA